GACAGAUAAUCUGUGAAAGCAUGGAUCUCCUCUGCCGCCUUCUGCAGCUCGGUCAGGAACAGCCAAUUAGAGACAGGAGGCGGGUCUUAGCGAUGUCAAUCAAAUGACAGCGCAUCCUGAGGAUGGUGGGGCCUCCUGUUUUUAAAAAUCACACACUUUAAGAUGGUAACAUAUUACGCUAUGCUCCAAUUCCCCAACAGUUAGCUGAUGGCAUUUGGUGAGUAAAUGUCUUCAUUUAACCUCGUGUGUCACAGUUAAAAUUAUUCUGAACUUUGUGGUGAUAGUUCUGACUGCAGAUGUGGGCAAGUUUAUGUACCUGUAUUACUGCAGCAAAAUCCUUACACAUAAAGAUCAACACUCAUCUGCCUUACUUUAAAAGUGUGUUUUUUUUGUCUUUCCCAUCUUCCUUUAUGAUUGAAAGAAUGUUUUGAGGGGGGCAUUUCAUCUUAUUCCUGCAUGUGGCAUCAGGUCACAUUAAUUCUGUCGCCGCUGUACUGAUUAGAUAAGGAGCCAACCUUCGAAUGAAGUGAUAAAAAUCAGAUUCUUGCCAGAAAUCCCCCUCCCCUCACCAGAACAAGUUCAUUGUCCCUUACAUAUUUCAUUACCUAGGUCUGAACAUUCCCCACUUUCAAGUCUCUCCCCCCCCAUUUCGCUCUCUGUUGUGAUUACAGAGUUUUCUCGUCUUUGUUGUUCAAUCUCUGUUGUUUCAGCCGGCUCUGGCCUACCUCCAGGGAAGCUGUGAUCACAGCAAGAUUUCCAUCCUUGGCAGCAUCCAGAACACAACAAAGACACGCAUGUUGGAGGAAAAACAAGGGGCUGCGCUGGAGGGAUGCACACUUGAGACAUGGAAGCGUCCAGCGACAGGCUUUUCUGCUGUAGCUGGCUGCGCCGCAGGGUUCCCUCGCCCCACAGGGAGGAACUGUACCACAUCCUGAGGAUGACGGGUCCUCUGCUGCUGUCUCGAAUCCUCAAUUACCUCCUGCCUUUUGUGGUCACAAUGUUCUGUGGGCGUCUAGGGAACAACGUGAUGGCCGGCUACGGGUUGGCUUCUGCUACCAUCAACGUUACCACUGCAGCCACAGGGUAUGGUCUGAGCCUGGCGUGUGAUACUCUCAUAUCUCAGACGUUUGGGGGCAGGAACCUGCUGCAGGUGGGCGUGAUCCUUCAGAGGAGCGUCAUCAUCCUGCUGCUGUUCUGCCUGCCCUGCUGGGGGCUGCUCAUCAACGCACAGCCCGUCCUGCUGUGUGUGGGGCAGGACCCUGAGGUGGCCAGAAUUGCUCAGCUGUAUAUAACAGCCUUCCUCCCCGCUGUGCCAGCAAUGUUUCUACACAACCUUCAAGUGUCUUACCUGCAGAACCAGGGUAUAAUCCUGCCACAGCUCUACACAGCCGCCGUGGCAAACGUAGCGAAUGUCGCUACAAACUACCUCUUGCUUUACUGCCUGAACCUGGGAGUGAGUGGCUCUGCUGCGGCAAACACUCUGUCUCAGAUAUACAUCUGUUCUUUUCUGUUCGCUUAUAUCCGGUGGAAGAGGCUGCAUGUAAAAACAUGGGAAGGCUGGUCUGUGGAAUCACUACAGGAGUGGGGCUCCUACAUGAAACUGGCCCUCCCCAGUACCUUAAUGAAGUGUUUUGAGUGGUGGGUUUAUGAACUUGGUGGCUUCUUUGCAGGAAUGCUGAGUGAGGACGAGCUGGCAGCCCAGCAUGCUGUGAUAAUGAUCGCUUUCAUCACCUACAUGUUUCCACUCGGCCUUCAAGCAGCGACAUGCGCUAGAGUGGGGAAUGCUCUCGGCGCAGGAGACCACGCCAGGGCCCUUCUGACCAGCAAGGUGUCCCUCUGUCUCGCAGCUACCUUUGCGGUUGUGGAAGGAGUUGUGCUUUGGUGCUCCAAAACGGUGAUCGGCUUCAUCUUCACGUCUGACGAGAAGAUCAUAGGUUUGGUCUCUCAUUUGAUGAAUGCCUACUGUUUCCUUCAGUUCUUUGAUGGACUUGUGGGGGUUUGCACUGGCAUCUUCUUGGGCACAGGCAAGCAGAAGAUACCUGCUGUGGCUAACUUCGUGGGAUACUACUGCAUAGGCCUUACACUGAGCGUCACUUUCAUGUUUGUUGCUAAACUGAGAGUUCUAGGUUUUUGGCUGGGACUGCUGGUUUGUGUCAUUUUGCAAUCAACUUUCUACAUUAUCGUCAUCUUCAGACUGAACUGGGAGAAAGUGACAGAGGAGGCUUUGAAACGAGCUCAGAAAACCACCAACAUGACAUUACUAAGCACCUCUGGCCUCGCAGACGCUGAGGGAACAGGUCAGAUGGCCUGGAAUGGAAAAUCAGCAGAUGGAUACAUAUGUGUUGGUACAGAGGAUCAGGACGGACAUGCUGAAAGGCCAGGUGGCCGUGAGGUCAGCCGGACAGACGGCCACCUCUCCACCACCCAGCUGAUCGUCCGCAGAGGCCUCGCUGUGUUAGCCGCGGUGGCUCUGCUAGCUGUCGGAGCAGUCGUGCACUUCCUUGUUCCUUUGCCAGAGUUCCGGUCUGCAGAGGGCAACCGCACCGCAGCAGGUCGGAUCAAUGCAACGCAUCCGCCUGAUCCAAUUUUCUCCACUGUGCUGGUCCCUAAUGGACAGUCAAAGUGACCCUGGUCUGAUGACCACAUGAUAGAAACCAAAGGAAAAGGAGAACUAUUGCUCUCUUCUUUUCAAGCUUCCUGAUAAUACUGAUUGUUGGCCUUGUUUAAGUUUUUCCCUGUUUGUUUGUUGUUGGGUUAAGGCUAUAGAUGGGAAACUGAUUCUACAACCUUCUUUGGGCUGUUGUAGGUGAUUGUUAAUGACGAAUAAUCUGUUGUUGUCUUUGAUUAAUAAAUGUCUGUUAGUCAUGACUG